AUGGGUUCCCAGAUCAACGAGACGCCGGCCCUGGCCACGAACCCCAAGUUCAUCUUCUUCACCGACUUCGACGGCACAAUCACCCUCGAGGACUCCAACGACUACAUGACGGACAACGUCGGCUUCGGCUUCGAGAAGCGCCGCGACGGCAACCUGCUCGUCCUCGAGGGCAAGAAGCACUUCCGCGACGCCUUCCGCGAGAUGAUGGAGAGCGUCACCCUGCCCUUCGACCAGUGCAUCGACCUGCUCAAGAAGAACGUCAAGCUCGACCCCGUCUUCAAGGAGUUCUACUUCUGGGCGAAAGAGCAGAACAUCCCCGUCGUCAUCAUCUCCGGCGGCAUGAGGCCCAUCAUCCGCGCCCUGCUCGUCCAGUGGCUCGGCGAGGACGAGGUCGAGAACAUCCAGAUCGUCAGCAACCAGGUCGCGCCCCGCGACGGCAAGAGCCUCAACGACGAGGGCGGCUGGCAGAUCGUUUACCACGACGACAGCAUCCACGGCCACGACAAGUCCAUUGAGCUGCGCAAGUACUCCUCCCUCCCCGAGCGGCCCGUCAUGUUCUACGCCGGCGACGGCGUGUCGGACCUGUCCGCCGCACGGGAGACGGAUCUGCUCUUUGCCAAGCGCGGCAAGGACCUCGUCUCGUGGUGCGAAAAGGAGAACGUUUCCUUCGUCACCUUUAACGACUUCUCCGACAUUCUGGACACGGUCAAGCAGAUUGUCGACGGCAAGGUCAGCGUCAAGGACGCCGCACGGGGACGCAUUCACCACUAG